AUGUAUAGGCACGUUAAACCUAGAUUCUCGUGGAAGCUACAAAGCUGGAUCGGAGUUGGGAUGGAGAAGAAGAUGAUAGAAGCUGGUGCCAUUUUUGAUCGAGUGUGUGGGAAAUACAUAUCAGCCAGGAGAGAAGAGGUAAAAAGAUCACAAGUGAAUAAUAAUGAUCAUUUCAUUAGAGAUAGUCAUGCAAAUCUUUUGACAUCUCACAUAAAGCUUGAUACAACCCAGUACCAGCUCUUGGAUCCUAUCAAUGAUAAAUUCUUAAGAGACAAUGUCUUUGCUUUACUUCUAGCUGGGAGAGAUACCACUGCCUCUGCUCUCACUUGGUUCUUUUGGUUUUUGUCCGAAAACCCUCUAGUGGUGACCAAGAUUCGCCAAGAGAUUGACAUGAAUCUACCAAGAAGUUGUAGUGGCCAAGAGAGACCAUCUUGUGAUCCAAUGGAGUACUUAAACAAAGAUGAUGAGAGCUGUAUGGGGAGAAGAUGCAUUAGAAUUCAAGCCAGAGAGAUGGAUUUCCGAGACCGGAGAGUUAGCAUUCAAUGCCGGUCGAGAAUAUGCCAUGGUAAACAAAGAGCUAUGGUUCAAAUGAAGAUUGUGGCGGUGGAGAUAUUACAAAACUAUGACAUCAAGGUUGCCAACGGGCAGAAGUUUGAGCCAGAUACUAGUUUAAUUCUUAAAAUGAAGCAUGGCUUUAAGGUUAAGAUUAACAAGAGAUGUUCAUCUUGA